AUGAGCGAGUACAGCUCAAAGUCCAGCCAGCCCCUGGCCUCCAAGCAGGAGAAGGACGGGACUGAGAAGCGAGGCCGGGGCAGGCCGCACAAGCAGCCUCCGAAGGAGCCCAGUGAAGUGCCAACACCCAGGAGACCUCGGGGCCGACCAAAGGGAAGCAAAAAUAAGGGUGCCGCGAAGACACGGAAAACGGCUGCAGCUCCAGGGAGGAAACCGAGGGGCAGACCCAAGAAACUGGAGAAGGAGGAAGAGGAGGGCAUCUCCCAGGAGUCCUCGGAGGAGGAGCAGUGACCACGCGCAGUGCCACCUGCUUCUUGGCCACCACAGGAGCAGCUUCCCCUGGGACCGGAAGCCCUGCUUCCAGCCCCCUCCC